AGUCCACACCUUCUUUGAAACUCAUCCUUCGCAGCAUACUCGAUAUAAAUAAACAAUUUAACCAUUAAUGACGACCAUAAAUGUAUUCAUUUCUUGUACAACGCAUAGACGCGCUGGUAUGGCGCGCCUCGUGCGUCGUGAGGGAUCUGUACCCUUUCUGGGAGAAUGAGCAGGCUGUGGUUCUGGGAUCACAUUAUUCCAUAAAUUACAAGGCAGAAUAUCGCAAAUUCAAGAGGAAAAUUACUGGGAUUCUCCUCUUUACCUACCGCAGUGACCUAAACUACAAAGUCGCUAAACCUAUCGGUCUAAUCAAGAGAGAACAUGUUAUCGGUAUCUUCAAGCCGUUUAACGUCUGCCUUCCGAGUAUACAAACCAUAGACACAGACAAGGGUUGGGGAUGUGUAAUCAGGGCAACUCAAAUGGCGCUCGCCCAGACGCUAAUCUCACUCAUCCUCGGAGAUAAUUUUGAUAUCUAUAGCAUUUUAAAGGAGAACACACUUCCAGAUUCGUCUGGUGGAGCGCCAUCUCACAGAAGAAGUGACCGGUCCGGGAAGUCUGAAAACUUUGACAACAUCAUAACCGAUGGAUAUCAGAACAAAUAUGAUGCAUUCUGCUCCAUUUUAUCGCAGUUUUAUGACUCAAGAGAGUCGAAAUUUUCACUGUACAAAUUUAUAAUUGCAGACAGUGUGCUCAAAACAUGCACAAAGUUUCUAUCGUUUGGUCCAACAAGCAGUGCUAUUUGCGUAAACAAGAUGAUAAAUGAUGCAAAUAUACCACUAAAGUCAAUUGCAUUUCCAGAUGGCGUAUUUUAUAUCAACGAGGUAUACAAGGGUUUUAACAAGAACAGAAACGUGAUCGUAUGGUUAUCACUGAAUAAGAAACUUGACAAGAACGAAAAGGUGGCUGUACGCUCGCUAUUCUUGCUCAAGCAGUUCAAUGGAAUUGUAGGAGGAAACAUGAACAACAGGGCCUACUACAUUUGUGGAUGUAGCAGCAGUCGCCUUUAUUACGUAGAUCCACACGUUUCUUGUAAGCCGGCGUUUACUACCUUGGACGGUGUUGACAUUCUCAAGGAUUUCACGAGCAAGAGGGUCCACAGUAUGCGUUGGCGCAGUUUGAACCCAUCAAUGUCCAUUGUGUUUUUAUUCAAGGGUCUAGGCGACUUUGAGGUAUUUCUGGAUAGCACAUUCAGAAACGGGAAAUACACUGAAUCGUAUCCAUUCGAGUUCAUACAAUAG